UUAAUUUUCAUGGUUUUGAAGUUCCGUACAAAAAAAUAUCUAAAAGAAAUAUCUCUUCGUCCGGAACAAAACACCCACUCCCUCUUUCGUUCAAAUACUCUUUUACUGCAACAAUAAAUCCAUCACAUUAAACCACAAAUCCCAAUCGGAAAAAAGCAGAUUCAGAGAAUCAACGGCAAUGGAGAAUGACAGAAGGCCUGGAAGGAGCGACGCUCGUUUAUCCAUGGAGGAAGAAAGAGAGAUGGAGGCCAAAACUCGAGAGUAUUUCAAUGGCGUAGCAACGAAGCGCCACACUAAGCCUCAGCGCAGCGAGUUCUCUGCUCAUUACGUCGAUAAAGUAAAUGACGAGGAUAAUUACAUUCCUGAACUCGCCGAGUUUCAGCGCCUUGAAUCUGAUCCUCACGAGAGACUUACUUAUGAUGGACGUAAUGGCAAGAUCUCUGAGGAAUUUGUGGAGACGAAGUACUAUGAUGAUCUCAAUUGUGUAGACAAACAGCACCACACGACAGGAACAGGAUUCAUAAAAAUGGAGAAUGGAGAUUGCAAAGGUUUUAGACUCGCACCAGAUUCUGCAGCUGCCGAUUGCUGCCAUGGAUCUUGUAGGGGUAAUCCGGCGACUAACGACUGGAUUCCGGCCAGUAAUGAUCCGGGACAUUUUACUUUUGGCUUUGGGAAGCCAAACAGAAGUGAUAAUUAGUGAAGAAGAAAAACAACUCAUUGUUGCCAUUCUUAAGGAGUUAAGAGUUAAGACGUUGCAUUGCAUGGAGAAGUAGUGCGCUGCGUAAUGUUAUAUUAUUUCUGCUUAUGGUUCAGUUUGAAAGGAAAAAAGAACAACAAUAUUAUCUGUAAACUUAUAUUUGGGCACUUAAUUUAGCUCUAUGCUCUGUGUAGGUUUAAUUUUUGCGUGUGUUAGCUCUUCAAUUUCCCUUGUUAUUUUGAUUUCUAGUUUGUGAUCGCCGAUAUGAAUUCUACACACAUUUGAAAUAAGAUUCAACCAAGGAUUGAAGUAUUUGUCA